CGUUGAUCGACUCCAUUCACUCGACAAAUUUGCUUUGAUCUCUAACACGUUGCAGAAUGUCCAAACUCCAAUUGUUCCGCCAAAGAUAUCAGAUCAUGAAUUCGGCGGAUGGGAACAAAGUAUGGGAAAUUAGAGUUAUGAAGACAAAGCCUAAACAAGAAGAAGCCAGGAAAUUUCUACAAAAGAUCGCAGCGCAAGUUCAACCAAUUAUGCAAAAACAUAACUGGAAGGUCAAGCUCCUCUCCGAAUUCUGUCAACAAAACCUUCUGGGGUUGAACAUAGGAGGAGGCCAGCAUGUAAAGUUGAGGCUUAGGAGUUAUUACAGUGAUGAGGAGUUUUUCCCUUAUGAUGAAGUUCUUGAUACAAUGCUUCACGAGCUCUGCCACAAUGUUCAUGGCCCUCACGAUGCUGGCUUCUACAGGCUCUGGGAUGAACUUAGGGUUCCCUGCGUCUGCUUUUAUUUUGAUAAGAUGUUGAACCAAAGAAGUAUAUUUUACUUGCUCCAAUAAAAAGAUUGCUUUUUUAAAAAACCUUCUGUUUUUAUCCAAAUUUUGCAUUAACGUGUA